CAAAAAAAAGUAAAAGACCAUUCCAAGAUGGCGCUGCGCACAAUUUGCACCACUGCCUUGCGAACUGGGACAGAUUUAGGGGUCAACAAUGCGAGGACGUUUGUCACAACAGCUUUCCUGUGCAAGAGGACGCCUCCUCUGGGUCCAAUGCCAAAUGAGGGGAUUGAUGCUAAAAAGCUGGAUUCAUUAGAGAAGUAUCGCAGCUACACACGUUACCGCAAACAAGCUGAGGAGGCAAAGAACAAACCCAGCUGGUGGAAGACUUACAGGGGCUAUGUGGAAAAAGCUGAUCCUGAUCACGGUGAGAAACAGAGGAGGCUGUUGACUUCCCCUGGUGCAGAGCAAGUGGACAUUGGACUACCGUACUAUCGACCCUGCAGGACCAAAGAAGUGAAGGAGAGAAGGCAGGUGAUCAAGGACAACAAGAGCAAUGUUGAGCUGGAGACCGCGUCACGUUUGCGCACUUUUAAGAUCUCUGUGGAUCGAGUGCAGGAAACCUGGGAGAAGAACACUGGUCCGUUUCAUAUUCAGAGACUGGCAGAGCACUAUGGAGUCUUCAGAGAUCUCUUUCCCAAGGCCUAUUUUCUACCUCAGGUGUCACUCCGUGUCUGUUACGGCCAGGACGACAGUGGUCGAGUGUAUUAUGGGAAUCGGCUGACACCAACUGAAGCAGCAUCUGCCCCUCAGAUCAGCUUUGAUGCAGAGGAGGGCUCCCUGUGGACCCUCAUGCUCACCUGUCCAGAUGAGCAUCUUCUGGACAAUGAGGCAGAAUACAUCCACUGGCUGGUGGGGAACAUAACAGGCGGAGCAGUGCAGGCUGGAGAGGAGCUGUGUCACUACCUGGCCCCCUUCCCUCCCAGAGGAACAGGCUUCCACCGCUACAUUUAUGUCCUCUUCAAGCAGGAGGGGCCCAUCAACUUCCAGGAGGAUGUCAGGCCGUCGCCAUGCCAUUCUCUGGCGGAUCGUACAUUUAAGACGGAGAUUUUCUACAGGAGGCACCAGGACAACAUAACGCCUGCAGGCCUGGCUUUCUUCCAGUGCCAGUGGGAUGAAUCUGUCACGAACACUUUUCACAACACACUGAACAUGAGGGAGCCGGUGUUCGAGUUCAUCCGGCCUCCAGUGUACCAUCCUCCACAGGUCAAAUACCCUCAUAAACAGCCCCUGCGCUACCUGGACAGAUACAGAGAUGGAAAGGAGCACACCUAUGGAAUCUACUGAUGGUGUGACACAUACACAAUUUGGAAUUGUGUUUGUCAUAUUUAUGUUAUAAUAAAGCAUUUCUCGACUGUG